CCGCUUCCUCUGUAAUUGCCGUGACUCGACUCAACGCGCCAAACCCUUCCGGCAAAAUUUUCUUUCUCACUCUUUGAAAGCAAGCAAAUGUUCCUGAUGGGAGGCCUGUCUCUUUUGUUGACAGUAACGGCCACCAUGAGGAAGUAAGUGAAUUUGGCUAAUUGUGGUGUCACAAAUUUUCAACCUGACAACUUUUUCCUCUAGACUAGCUAGCCACUGUGCACAAGAAACAGACACCAUGCCUCCAGCCUCUUUUGAGUAUCGUGAUGUUGAAUUGGGUCAACAUGGUUCUCCGUCUUCCGUCCCUUCCUCCAACAACCAGGACCUGCAGAUACAGCAGCAACAGCAACAACAACGCGUGAGAUUUCAGCCUCCACCUUCCAUCAUCCAUCCGGCCGGUUCCAGUGCCGAGUGUUCUUCCAGUAUUGACACUCCUACAUCCGCGAGCGAUCGCCGCAAGGGAAAAUGGAAGUCCAUCAAGAAGGUGUUUCGAAAGAAUCGACACCACCACAAGGGCACCCCAGCGGAACAAGAAGGUAUCCUCAAACACGACGACAUUAGGACUGCAGGGACCUUUGAUACCGCAACAGUCACUGCCGCUUCCGCAUGCAGUGAGGAUCCUUACCAGCUUGUUCCGCCGUCACUCAAUGUUGGCCCACCCAAUCAAAAGUGGGGCACGGAGCGAGAAGCCAUCCAAAGGAAUCUUCCGGACUUGUGGGCCAAGGAAGCGAAUGCCGGACGAAAGACGGAUAUUCGAAAAGUACUCGUGAAACAGGCGCAAGACAGCAUUCGAAACCUUAUGGAGUUCUCUCUUUGGCAGUGCCUCUUGGCCAUAUUACUCUAUGUGGCAUUUAGCGUCGGAUGCUUCUCCUUUUGGUUGGAGGACUGGACCAUGAUUGACUCGACGUACUUUGCCAUUGUCACAUUCACCACCAUUGGAUACGGAGAUGUUGUCCCCGACACGAAAAUGUCACGAAUGUUCACCUGCUUUUGGGCGCUCAGCGGUGUGGCCUGUCUCGGUAUUGCCUUGGGAGUCUUGGGCUCCAACAUUAUCGAAGUGUCGACAAAGGAAGAGAAGAAGAUCAAGCAAAAGCAUGGCGACAAUGUCAUUUCCAUGUUUGAAGGUCAAGAACCACCCGUGCUGGGCAGCAGGAGAGAGGAUACAAGUAGCCUCGGGUCGUUUGGCGCGGAGGACUACUUACAGCAGUCUGACGAUGACGAUGAUGACUCAGUAGAGGAACAAUGUUGUUCGAUUCCACCCAAGUUCAUUCGAUUAUUCUUCCUCUACAUCUUCCUUGGACUGCUCUUGGUUGGCAUUUCAGAGACUGAAGAUUGGACUUGGUCGUCAACACUGUACUACGGGCUCAUUACAGCCAGCACGGUGGGAUACGGCGACUUGUCCCCCGCAACCGAAAUGGGUCGAGUCCUGGCCAUUGUCUACAUUCCUGUAGCAGUUUGCGUCAUGGGUUUUCUCUUGGACAUUGUGGCCAACUCCAUCAUUAGUAGUCGCCGCAGAAAGGCACAGCAGUAUCUGAAAAGCAAGGAACUGACAUUGAAAGAUCUUGAAGUGAUGGACAAUGACGGCGACGGCAGCGUUACACGGGCCGAGUUUCUCGAGUUCAUGUUGGUCAGCAUGAAUCAGGUUGACCAGGAACAAUUGGACAAUUUGAACGAGCACUUUGACAGAUUGGACAGUGACGGUUCUGGCGCCUUGGACAAGUAUGAUCUCCUCACCAAGGCGCGAAAGAAGCUUGCUUCUGAACGAUCUCUGAGGCUUCGAUAUGUGAACUAAUGUCUUCUUCCAAAGCGGUUCAAGAUCAUCGCAAGCCAUGGUUAAACACCCUCUGUAAAUACGAAUUAGCUACAAUAUUAUACAUUACACCCUGCAUUUUGCUAUAGCAGCAAACUAC